CUUUGGUCUGCGAUUAAUAAUAACCUCCAAAGCCACCGGGAUCGCAGAGGAGCAGAAAGGUUCGCGCUUUGCCUGUCAAGCAAGCACGCCGAGAACACGAGGCCAGCUGUCCGCUGGUCGAGCAGAUGCUGUUGAGCUGAGGCGGUCGACUGGUAGGAGGCUGCCUUUCAGCAACGCCAUCUUCUGUCAGCCAGAGUGAUCGGCGUUGUGGUAUUUUUGACCAGUGUCAAGACAGGCUCAGCUUCUUCCUCGAUAUCACGGGACCGGCCCUCAGUGUGUGGUCUCGCGAGCAAGCAUCAACGGACGAUUGCAACAACCACGUCCAAGGCCGACACGACAAAUGGUCCCAUCGAUUUUCUACAAAAUAAAAAGCAUCAGCCCGCAGCACCUGCAGUACUGCAGCACACGAGGAGCACCCGCUUGUUCCGUUUUGACCCCAGCGAAUCUUUUUGUUGGCACUCCAGGCGCAGCCUGUCGCUCCGUUCGGCUGGCACGGCUAACUGUCUGCAUUGAGCCAUCAAAUACACACUGACCAUGAGCACCCACCACGGAGAUGUCAAGCGUUUGUGAUUCAGACCGCAGGCUUCGCUGCACAGUCAGUUCAGCAGUGUGCUUGACAACAGAUUGCGAUGCGCAGCUAAACAGUCGCGCACCGGGUCAAGCUAGAGGUUCUUAUCAAUCCAUCUUGUCCGCCGGGAGAGCUUCUAGAAGGCGCAAGGCCCUCGGCGCAGCACAUGCAAAAAUUGCAGAAUAGCCUGGCUGUUUUUUCCCCUGUUACUUGUACUGUUGCUCGCUCUCGCCACGUCGUUCUCGCCUGGUCCCCGCUCUCGCCCCAUUGGUUGUUUCAGAGCACGUCCGGGCGAUCACGACCAACCGAAAUCACCGGCUCCGCACUUCCCUGACUCGUGCCGUCCAGCACAAGCUGCUUGGAGCCGGAAUACCCUCAGCCUUGAUACACAUAGCUAGAGCCCAUCACCUUCCUGCUCGCCGGGUUCAUAUGACGACAAUCUUGAUGGCGACGAUGCGUGGCUUGCCGGACGACGUCAGCUACGGUAAGCAUUGACUGGAGGAUCCCCGGAUCGACCGUCUGAUGUGUACAAUCCGUCCUGCCUUGAGCCUGUUCUCCAUUGCCUCUGCCGGACGAAUACGAAGGCAACAAAGAGACGAAGAGGGACGAUUGUGUCCGAUUGUGUGGCAUACAAUCUGUGGAAAUUCUUCCAAAAUUUCAAGCCCGUUUGAUCGACUUUGAAACACAAAGAAGUUGAAGCAAGCUCCGGUACGGCCGCUAGCACACAUCAUGGAGAUUUUUGUCAGAGUUCCAAAGGUAUUUUGGUGUCGCAUGUAUAUGGCCUGCUUCACGCAUGAUGUAUGGACCAGUUGCUAAGGUUAGCCAGGGUCUGUGCCGUCUGCCAGCUGGACGACGAGAGUCGCAUGGAUUCUUGAAGUCUCUCAAGGUAUCUGCGGAGAGGCGCGAGCGCCGCUCGUCGUUACAGAGGGGCUGCCUUUUCCAGGUCUCUUGUGCGUCCCUGUCGGGGCGGCCUGAGUGUGGAGUGACUGCAACACGAGAGACGGCUUCGGCACUUUCGACGGAAUGCCACGUGCCUAUUGCCAAUGUGUCUCCUAGAAUCAAACGCCAACGAUGUACAUGUUGCAUGCUGCUACUGACUGGCUGAUUCGAGAAUCAAAACAUCUUACUGUGGGACCAAUACAAGCGCUCGUUAAGCUCAAAUGGCUCCCCAACUCGACCAGUUUCUUCUGGCUCUCAAGAUGCGCAUGGUAGCUGGCUUGUAAUAAACUUGGCACAUAUACCCAUCGCACUGUGUAAUGUGCUUGAUGCGCUGGCCUAGAUGUUGCAAUUGUGCAAAUUGUUUUGCAUAAUUUGUUUGCAUUUCCUUUUCGAAUCCUGAAUAAAGUGUCGCGUGUCAAUCAUGCCUGAAUGCAAUUUUCC